AUGUGUCGCUCGCCCCUCCACCCGCUUCUGCAGGCGCUGCCCAAAUGCGAGCACCACAUGCACGUCGAGGGUUCGCUCUCGCCCGAGCUGCUCUUCACGCUGGCCAAGCGCAACAACGUGACGCUGCCCGAGGAUCCGGCCUUUGCGUCGGUCGAGGCGCUGUAUGCCCGCUACGACCAGUUCUCCUGUUUGGACGAUUUCCUGCACUACUACUACAUCGGCAUGAGCGUGCUCGUCACGGCUGCCGACUUUGAGACGCUCGCGCUGGCUUACUUUGAGCGGGCACACUCGACGCGCGUGCGCCACGCCGAGAUCUUCUUCGACCCGCAGGCCCAUCUGGAGCGCGGCGUGGCCCUGUCCGAGGUCGUGGCCGGCUUGGACGCUGCCAGCCGGGUGGCUGAAUCGCGCUGGGGCCUCACCAGCCUGCUGAUUCCCUGUCUGCUGCGUCAUCUUCCGGUCGAGGACAGCGGUCGGGUGGCCGAGUCGUUGCGGCCGUAUUGGCCCUCGACCGCAGCACCGGCCGACAGCACGCCGCUCGCUGGUCUCGGCCUCUGCUCGUCGGAACGGGACCGUCCCCCGACUCUCUGGUCCGACAUCUACGCCGACACGCGCAAGGCCGGUCUCGCUACCCGCUUCACAGCCCAUGCCGGCGAGGAGGGUCCGGCCGAAUACGUCUCCCUCGCGCUCGACCAUCUCGCCGUCGAGCGCAUUGACCACGGCAAUGCUGCUGCCCAAGACCCCGAGCUCAUGGCCCGUCUUGCUCGCGAUCGCGUCAUGCUCACCGUCUGCCCCCUCUCCAACGUCCGGCUGCGCGUCGCUCCUAGUGUCGCCCAUGUGCCUAUUCGCACCUUUCUCGAUGCCGGCGUUGCCUUCUCUGUCAACUCCGACGAUCCCGCCUAUUUUGGCGGCUACAUCCAGGAGAACUACUGCGCCGUCCAGGAUGCCCACAUCCUCGAGCCCAAGCACUGGGAGAUUAUUGUGCGCAAUGCCGUCACCGGCAGCUGGUGCGAUGACGAUCGCAAGGCUGUCCUGCUCGCCGAGAUCGACUCCGUCUUUGGCCACUGGCACAACGGCACUCUGGCCGUCGAGGCUUGA